AUGCGUAAUACCAUUGAAGACGUUAUUAGCCACCUAAACUACGGUAUCUCCAUAUCAUCCAUACCGCACACACUUGUAAUUUUUAACAUUUAUUAUAAACUCGGCACAUUUAUGGGUGAAAAACGGGAUAGAGUUGCCAACGGAAACCGCCGUCCUCCGUGGAAGAGAGGCAAGCAGGAUACUGGCAAGAUCCCGUUAGGUUCUCGCGGCCUUCUGAUUACCAAUAGUCAGCCGCGUAAGCACAAAGAGGCUAUGCAAGAGUGUUUGACUAUUUUACGUGAGCAUUGCGAAAGCGUCGAUCCCACUUUUGGGAAAGUUAGAGGAACGAGUGAUAUCAAGGGUGGAGCUGCUAAUGUAGAAGAAGCAAUAAAACUGGAAUUGGAGGAAAACAAAUCCUUUUUUGACCGUUUUGUACCUGGCCCUUGUAUUUCCAAAAAUGUAAAUAUAGUAUACUUCAAGGAUGAAAACGAUAUACCUUCUACAUAUGUUCGGGAAAUAUUUCACUUCAUUUUGAAGGACAAUGCAUACAGCGCACGAUUUCUAUGUCGCAUGGUCCCUUACGACAUUGUUUGCAAGGCAGAAGGCGAGCCCUUCACAGAAGCUCUCACAGCGCUAGUUGCCCGCGAAUUUCCACAUUCACAAGCAAAUGGUGUUUUGGAAAACGAUGAGAAGAACGAGUUUUGCACAUGGUCGUUGAGCUAUAGUUGCCGUAACUCUAACGCCUUAAAAAGGCAGGAUGUGCUUGAUCUUGCCGUGCAGUUAGUAGGUAGAAACUAUAGCGUGGAUCUCAGAGCGCCAGAUAAGCUAUUAUUGGUGGAAGUAGUGAAGAACGUCAUUGACCUCGUCGUUCCUGUAGAAGGAGCAUGGGUGAAGCACGAAGAUGACUCUGACGGAUCCUGGUACACCCAUGAAAAUUUGGAAUGGAUGUAUAAUUCCCGUGAUCAAAUUUACUACCAUAUAGAAUCACAAAUGGUAGUAUCAAGUGGUGUAAGAAUCCCCGCUAACCUUGUUACUAACCAUGGUUCUGCUGACGGUACCGGUGCAGUGCCAGAAAGUUCAGAUCACGUGCAUCAUGCCUCUUGUACAGAAAGCGAAAGCGAUAAUGACAGUGACGAUGGUUCACAACCGUCAGAUGAUGCAGGCGAUAAAGAUAUUUCAAUUGAUUUUGAGAAGGACCUUAUGGCGGCAACGGUGUCCCGACAGGGUCGUUCCGAUCACAAGGAUACUUGUGAAGACUAUUAUGUGACGUUAGAAUGUUUGUCUAUUCAUUUGGUGAGCCGUUCAGAGGCUUUGUGCUACUAUACAGGGGUUUUUGAUGGCCACUGCGGAUACAAGUGUGCGGAGUACCUGACAAAACACCUGAAAAACAAUAUUUUGAGUGUAUAUCGUCAGGCUGUUCGAUCGCUUAGUUCCAAGAAGCCUGAGAAACAUUUGUAUCCCGUGGAAUCUGCUGAGGUUAGAGCGUUAAUGCAGGGAUGCACCAAGGGAUUUGAGAUGACAGACAAAAAUUUCUGCAGUGUCGCAAACAUUUACAAGCUGUUGGACGGAUCCACAGCCACAAUAUCGCUUAUAUAUGGUCCUGACGCUGACGGUUGUCUGAAACUAAUCACUGCUCAUGUGGGCGACUCUCGUGCCAUUUUGUGCAGUAUGGCGGACAGUGAUGGUUGCUUUGCCCAGGCAAUGACUACUGACCACAAGCCAAAUAACAUCAGAGAACGCCAAAAUAUUGAGAAGAAUGGUGGGACGGUUGAGUUUGCUCAGGGCGCAUGGCGUUGUCUACCUCGAUCACGUACUGGUAAUCCCUUGUCUGCUCUAGCUACUUCCAGGGCUAUAGGCGAUUAUCCGUUAAAGUACCCCAACCGCAUAGUCUCUUCGGACCCGGAUGUUUCUGUCUACACUAUAAAUUUCGACAGCGACUUAUUUUUGGUCCUUGUAACUGACGGUAUCACAGCAGUUUUGACGAACCAGGAAAUAAUUGAUAUCGUAUCUGAGGCAAUAGAUGAAGAAUGUACCGCUGAUGCAGCAGCUGAGCGUGUUGUUGUUACUGCUGAGCAAUGCGGCUCACUUGAUGACAAAACGUGCACUGUGAUUUAUUUUGGUUGGCAUAAGGACCUCUUCGAGAAAUGUGUUCGCGAUAAGGAAGCCGAUGCUCGCCGCGAGGCAAUGAAGUUAAUGGAAUCUAGCCAAAUGAAGGCUGCUAACGACAAAGAAGACGAUAUGUUUAGAGCUUGA